AUGCUCUUCAUUCAUGACUCACUGCUGCCUCGUCGCUACUUCCUACCCCCCCCCCCAUUUCUUUCAAGGACCAAAGUAAAUGCCAUUGAGGUCUCUCUCUAUGUGUUUUCUUUCCUCUCUAUUUCAUCAUCCACAAUCGCUACCAGUGCUACGCCCGUAGCACAUCCAGCCAUAGGAUCCAUCAACCAAAAUCACAAUGCCGUCAGCAAGCGAUCCGUACCCGUUGGCACACCCACACAGCUUCCCAAGAGAUCCUCCGACGUUGCCAUGUCAUGGACUCAGGCCGUCCAAAGUGGCUCGGCUUUGCUUCGUCAAAUGACCGACGGUGGUCCGCAGAGCGAGUUUCGGUCCUACGCAGACCUCGCGGAUAGUGGCUGGAGCAGUUUUCCGACUGACGGGGCGACGGAUACGGAUCUCGAACCUGCGCUGACCGCGUUGGGGGCGGCGGAGGGCACCUAUGUGAACAUGAUGCAACAAGACGAUUUCAAACUCCCUGGAUCGAACAUUGAACAUCCACCUACCUACGCGCAAUACCAGCAAUACUACAACCCCACCCACGGCCUCAUCAUCGCCGAAUUCAACUCCAACCCCCAAAGGACGCACAAGGGCCCCGGGACCGUCCACCCCGCCCUCAACAGAUGGUCCGACGUCGUCUACCUCGUCUGGGCCGACCUCUGCCGCGACGAGCCCGACGCCGUGAAGAACGUCCGACGCUUCUUCAGACACCACAUCAGGACCGACUCUCCGACCGUGGCCGUCAUCGACGAAGCCGUCGGCGGAGCGGGCAAGCUGAGUCCCUGGCCCGGGGUGAGGUUCGGCACGGAUACGGAGCGGGGGAAGGCGCUGCUGGGCACGGCGCAUGGGUAUGGGGUCGCGUGGUUCUUGGUCAAUCAUCAGGAUACGCUGGGGAGGAAGGAAGUGACGGCCGUGACGGCUUUUCGGACGGGGGAUUCUGGGACGGGGGGGUUUUAUAAUCUGUUCCUUGAGGUCGGGGAUGCAUAG